GACUGGUGUAGUGGACGUGAGGGGCUCGGCUAUCUGACUGAACCAAGUUUCAGGUCGCUGGUGCCAACGCCCGGCGAAAACAGCCAACUUAUCGAGUACAAAAACGGAGCUAACGUAAUUGACAGCAGCAACCGAAAGCACAGAGAUGCAGACUAUCAAGUGUGUUGUGGUUGGAGAUGGAGCAGUGGGAAAAACCUGCUUACUGAUUUCAUACACAACCAACAAGUUCCCUUCUGAAUAUGUACCAACAGUGUUUGAUAACUAUGCAGUAACUGUAAUGAUCGGGGGUGAACCAUACACCCUUGGCUUAUUUGAUACAGCAGGUCAGGAGGAUUACGACAGGUUACGACCACUAAGCUACCCUCAGACCGACGUCUUCCUAGUCUGUUUCUCAGUUGUUUCACCUUCCUCAUUUGAGAAUGUUAAAGAAAAGUGGGUUCCUGAAAUCACCCACCAUUGUCCCAAGACCCCGUUCCUGUUGGUAGGCACUCAGAUUGACCUCCGCGAUGACCCCUCCACAGUGGAGAAGUUGGCCAAGAACAAACAGAAGCCAAUCACCCCUGAGACGGCAGAAAAGCUGGCUCGAGACCUUAAGGCAGUCAAAUACGUGGAGUGCUCAGCCCUGACUCAGAAAGGAUUAAAGAAUGUGUUUGAUGAGGCAAUACUAGCCGCCCUGGAGCCUCCCGAACCUAAGAAAAGGCCUAAAUGUGUUCUGCUCUAAGGUCUUUCGCUGCUUUCUUCAGACCGUUUUCCAAAACCAGGUUAACAGUACUGAUACGGCUUUCUGCACAAGGACAUUCCACCGUUAUUUGAGAUGUCAUGAGAUUUUAGCCUUCCCACAGACGUAACAUAAAAACAUUUAAUGUGUUAAAUGAUUUUUAAACUUCGGUUAUUCUGUGCUGGGUCAUUUGAUACCACUGGUCAGAAACGAUAUGAGCUCUUGACUGGUUAAACCAACAUCCAGCUGGAGACGACACUUUGAAAUAACUCCUCAGUUUGACCUCAGUGUUGCUUUUUAUGGAGAAAUGUCAGGAGAACAGAUUAAAUUAACUUGUUUUCUCCACAAAAAAGUUCUUGUUUCAUGUGUCACAAAAUUGGAAUGCUCGCAUCGUUUUGUAUUUUGUUUAAAAAUAUGACUUUAAACGUGUUUCAAACUGCAACAUUCUUCUAUCACCAGCUUUUGCAUUAGCAAUAAUAUUCCUUAUUUUGUGUUUUAAGAUUUAAAAUGUCUUUUAAUCAUUCCAACAUGGCCUUCAGGAAGUUCUAAGGCAUGCAGUGGAUGAUUUU